AUGAUUCGGGCUCGUUUACGACUGGCUGGGCGCUUGCUCUUCGCCGUCAAAAAAAUAAACAAAGAAAUAACCGAUUUUGCGUCGAUCUACAAUCCCAAGGCGUAUGAUUCGGUGGUGGAAGCAAUUCGAACUAUUGCUGGUUUUGAUUCGAGAUCGAAUGAAUUUAAGUCGCCUGCCACCGCAGCUGCAGCUGUGACUCAUGUUAAACAAAUUGCUGUCUAUCUCAUUGCCGAGUGGAUAAAGAAAGACGAGCCUGAAAAUCAAAGGACCACGGAGAACUUCUUGAAGCUGAUGCAAUCUGAUAUAUCCGUUGCUAUAAAUAAGACUGUCUUCGAGCAACAGUGUCAAAUGAGAAGAGAAAAAGAGGAACUACUUCCUACAACUGACGACAUAAAGAAAUUCGCCGUGUUUCUUGAUCGCGAAAGAGAGCAGUGCUACAAUGAAGUUUACUCACAUUUCACAUUUAAGAAAUGGCUGUUGUUGACCGAACUUACCGUAACGUCCAUUAUUCUAUUCAAUCGAAGACGCACUGGCGAAGUACAGAACAUCAAAUUGAUCGACUUUGAAAAUCGUCGUUCAAUAGACGAAAAUACCGAAUUGUUCCAGUCACUUUCCGAGGACGCUAAGCAAAUCGCACGAAAAUACAGACGGAUACUCAUAAGAGGUAAAAGAACACGGCCGGUUGCAGCACUCCUUAAACCAGAUGUCGAGCGGUGUGUUGAACUUAUUGUGAAACAUCGAAAUCAAGCCGGAAUUGCCAGCCACAAUCCAUUUCUCUUCGCAAUGCCUACGUGUGCUGAGUAUCAGAUUAAAGUGGUCGAUGCUGUCCGAGCAAUCAGAACAUUUUCAGAUAUGUGCGGUGCCGUCAAUCCAGAACGUUUACGAGGAACCACUAUAAGAAAGAAUAUGGCAUCAGUCUGCAUCUCAUUUGAAUUGAACGAUAAUGCCGUUGCUGAGAUUGCAGACUAUAUGGGACACCACGAAAAGAUACAUCGGGAAUAUUAUAGAAAGAACCCAAUACAAAACGAGUUUGUUAAAAUUUCGCAAAUGUUGGAGAAGGCACAAGGAAAUGACGGUGACGAUGAGGACAGCGAUGAGGUCGAAUGUGGGGUUGAUGUUGAUCCGCAAACUGCAACGUAUUCAAGUAACGAUUUGAUGGAUUAUGAAAAAGAAGCUGAAUCGACAUUUGAGGAUGUUCCUCAGCCAGAAAUUGACCAAAAAACGUCCACGACUGUCCGUAAGCGUGCAAACAUUGAUUCUGACCAAACUGAAUCUGAUGAAUUAAUUGCUCCAAAAAGUAAGUUAAUCUAG